AUGCUAACAGCAACGCUCUUCCGCCCGAUGACUUUCUUUGGUCUGGGAUUGGGGGCCCUUAUGUUCCUGGGAUACUGUGUCUACUUUGACCGGAAGCGGCGGUCGGAUCCCAACUACAAGCGGCUGGUACACGAGCGGCGUCAUCGGCAGCGGUUGAACAUUAUGCGCCGGCGCGUGGCCGAUAGUGAACAAGUGCCCACGGAGUUCGACCCCAAUGACCAGGCGGCCCUCGAGCUUUACUUUCUUAGCGAGAUGAAGACGGGCGAGGAACUCAUCAGCCAGGGGCACAUGGACGAAGGCUUGACACACUUGGCCAACGCCAUUGGGUUGUGUGCUCAGCCGGGGAAGCUCCUGGAGAUUCUCCAAUCCACCUUGCCGGAGUGUAUCUUUCGGCCCUUGGUGGCGAAGCUUCUGGAGAUGCACCAACACAACUAA